AGAAGAAUGGAUGCGCCCACGUAUCAUGACUGUUGCAGGUGAACGCAGUUUGGGAUGUCGAUUAUAUAUAUUAUGCUGGAUGCUGGAAUAUUUUCCUGAGAUGAUUACUUCUGAAUGAAAAUGGAUUCUGAACAUCUUGACUUGAAUUUUGACCUGCUAGAAACUGGCUGCCAUGGUGGAGUGGAAGUUGUUCCAGUUCAGAAUAUCCAGUCACAUCAUUUACCUUUAAAGACCCUUCCUUGUGGUUUGCCACCUGUUCUGCCAAGUAUCGGAGAUGAGCUGGAAACCUUUCUUACAUGCCUUGAAGAGUUGCCUGUGCAUAACUUUAAAAAUGCACAAAGGUUUUGGCCCCGCAAGAUGUGCCCAGAUCGCAUACUGUCUUUAGAUACAUGUCCAGUUCAGACGACUAUAGAAGUGGAGAGGAAUGCCACCACAGGAAAACUGUUAGGGUACAAAGAGGAAUAUGUUACAGAUGAAGGCCAAUCAGAGAAAAAUUCACUAUCACUGAAGCGUAGUCCUGGGCCAGUCUCACAAAGUGUUUGGGGUAAUGCAGGCAGUUACCCAUUCUGGCCAGGUGGACUUGAUGAACCAGAAAUGAAGUUGGAUCAAGAUGGCAGUGGAUUAAUCGAAUUCGACCUAGAGAAUAAUCUUCAAACAGUUGCUCCUGGGUUAGCAUCUGGAAUGACAUUUAAGAAGAAGAUGUCUGGGUCUGAGGUAGAUAAACCAGAUUAUGUUGCCGAGACAACCACCACAGUGAUCAACCUCCAGGACAUAAUGGCUGACACCGAUGACAUUGACUUUCCUGCCAGUGAUAUUGAAGAUGAAGAAGUAACAGAAAAUAAAGAGAGAGUUGAAGAAAGCCAAAUAAAUGAGCUAGAAGGACUAGACAAUCUUGUCCUGACAAAUGAGAAACCUGUUGAGAAGACUGCGUUACGAGGAAAGUGUGAAGCGGAGGAGUGGGCGGUGAAGGUUGAUGUCAACGAGCCUGUUGAUGAUUUCUACAAGAGAAUACCACACAUGGCCUACAAGUGGCCGUUUGAGUUGGAUAUCUUCCAGAAACAAGCGAUACUUCAUCUGGAAUCGCAUGAGAGUGUGUUUGUGUCUGCCCACACGUCGGCCGGUAAAACAGUGGUAGCAGAGUAUGCUAUUGCUUUGUCUCUAAAGCAUAUGACACGAACAAUUUAUACAUCUCCCAUCAAGGCAUUGUCCAAUCAGAAAUUCCGAGACUUUAAGCAGACGUUUGGCGAUGUUGGAUUGGUUACUGGUGAUGUUCAGUUAAACCAGACAGCUGCCUGCCUUAUCAUGACCACAGAGAUUUUAAGGUCGAUGUUGUACAAUGGAUCAGACGUGAUAAGAGAUUUGGAAUGGGUGAUUUUUGAUGAAGUUCACUACAUAAACGAUUCCGAGAGAGGAGUGGUGUGGGAGGAGGUUUUGAUAAUGCUUCCCCAGCAUGUGAAUAUAAUAUUGCUCAGUGCAACAGUACCUAACACCAUGGAGUUUGCAGGUUGGGUGGGACGCACGAAGCGGAAGAAGAUCUUUGUGGUGAGCACUUCGAAGCGCCCCGUGCCUCUCGAGCACCACUUGUACACGGGCAACAGCAUGAAGACCAACAGUGAGAUGUUCGUCAUCGUCGAUUCAAAGGGAAACUUUAUUACAAACGGGUACAAAAAGGCUUUGGAUGCUAAAAAGGAAAGAUCUAGCAAACGGGAUCAAAGUUAUGGCCCAAAAGGAACCAGGGGAGGGAACCCAGCUCAGGAUAAAAAUGUGUGGCUUUCCUUGAUUGACAUGCUCAAGAAGAAAGAUAAGCUUCCAGUUGUAGCGUUCACGUUUUCCAAGAAGAAAAUAGAGGAAAACGCAGCAAAUUUACUUAGUGUUGAUCUCCUAACAGCCAGUGAGAAAAGCGAAGUCCAUAUAUUUUUUCACAAAUGCAUCCACAGACUUCGUGGCAAUGACAAGCAUCUUCCACAGAUUGUGCAAAUGGAAGAUCACUUGAAGCGUGGUUUGGGUGUUCACCACAGCGGGAUCCUGCCCAUUCUCAAAGAGGUGGUCGAGAUGAUGUUUCAGAGAGGACUUGUCAAGGUUCUCUUUGCCACUGAAACAUUUGCAAUGGGUGUGAACAUGCCGGCGAGGACCGUCGUGUUUGAUUCCAUCCGUAAGCAUGAUGGCACCAACUUCCGGGACCUCCUGCCGGGCGAGUACAUCCAGAUGGCCGGGCGGGCGGGGCGUCGUGGCCUCGACACAACUGGCACGGUCAUCAUUCUCUGUAAGGGGGACGUGCCUGAGAUGUCAAACUUGCACAAAAUGAUGCUGGGUAAACCCACGAAGCUGGAGUCGCAGUUCCGACUGACGUACACGAUGAUCCUCAAUCUGCUGCGAGUGGAGCAACUGCGAGUGCAGGACAUGAUGAAGAGGAGUUUCUCCGAGUUCCACACGCAGAAAGACGUCCAGAAACACCGGGACGCGCUCACACAAAUCACCAAGGAGGUGAGCGAGCUGCGAGACAUAGAGUGCUACAUGUGCUCCGUCGACCUGCACAACUACUACGACUCGUGUAAGGAGUACCAUGAACUCAAACAACACCUACAGACUGUGGUUCUGUCUCACCCUGCUGCCAUGAAGGCUCUGUCUCCGGGACGAAUCGUGAUCAUCAAUGACUCUCACCAACGUCGCGUCCUUGGGGUUGUCCUGCAGGCCAGCGCCGGCUCCAGUGGGGAGAAGAAGUUCAUUGUGCUGGUCGUAGGUGAAAAUAAUGUGAACGAUUCGGUGCAGAUGAAAACACGGUGCGUUGAUUCGGAGAUAAAUAAACAGUAUGUUGAUUCAGAAGGACCUGAGCCAGUGUUGCCGACUCAACUGUUUGUGCCCGAUGGUCCCAUCACACAGAUGUUACUGACCCUGAUGCCUAGGGACAUCAGCGUCAUCACGACAAAGACUAUUAAAGUGGAACCAGAGAAGAUUGUCAAUGAUAUCAAAAAAAGACAACAAGCUCGUUUUAAAGAUGACCCUCCUGGUCAGUCUGUUUCCAUAGCAACACAAGAAUUGAUGCGAUUGACAGAAGCGAACCCAUCUGGCCUACCUGGUCUUGAUCCAGUGAAGGAUUUGCGUGUUCGUGAUAUAAGUCUUGUCGAACAGUUCAGAGCUCUCCAACUCAUGGAGGAAGUAUUCUCCAAGUAUCAGUGCAUCCACUGUCCCAACUUUGAUGAUCAUUUUUGUGAGAUCCGUAAAAACAUGCAGCUCCGUGCUAAUUAUCAUCAUCUCCAACAUCUGCUGUCCGAUGAGAGCCUCGUCCUGCUCCCAGAAUACGAACAGAGGGUUGAGGUCCUUAAAAAACUGAAUUAUCUAGAUCAGAACAACGCAGUUCAAUUGAAAGGUCGAGUAGCGUGCGAGAUCAGCACACAUGAGUUGAUCAUCACUGAACUUGUGUUUGAGAAUGUACUAACGGGCCUGCAUCCCGCCGAUAUCGCUGCCUUGUUAUCAUGCAUGGUGUUUGAACAAAAACGCUGCUCGGAACCAAAUUUAGCGGAUAAUUUGGAAAAGGGGAAAGAAAGUAUUCUUGAAGUGGCUGAAAGGAUAGGAAAGCUGCAGAAAGAGUGUGGGAUGUCAAUGCCUGUGGAAGACUUCAAGGCCUUAUUUCACUUUAACUUGAUGGAAGUUGUUUUUGAGUGGGCUAGAGGAAUGCCUUUUGCCGAGAUCACCAAUUUGACGGAUGUGCAGGAGGGAAUCAUUGUGCGCUGCAUCCAGCGACUGAAUGAGACUUUACGAGAUGUCCGCAAUGCAGCCCGCAUCAUAGGAGACCCAGUGUUGUACCAGAAGAUGGAGGAAGCAUCCACCAUGAUCAAGAGAGACAUUGUAUUUGCAGCUAGCCUAUACACCCAGUGAAGUAGCUAGUGUGAUAUGACUCUGUCCUAGUAAAUAAUGCUGGCUACUGCAUUCGUUUUAUAUGUGUACAAUAUACUACAUGGAGUACGGUGCUGAUGAUAAUGUAGAGAAAGCAGCUUACAUAGUGAAUAUUAAACAAGUUCUUGUCUGAGAUCGUUUAUAUUACGAGUGUGUUUUCAGUCCUACAUUAUGAACAAGAGCCAGUGAUGUUUGAUUAAAAACACACGAGUUGUAAUAUAAAUGGUCUCACUCGGGAACGAGUAUAGUAUUUUAUUUAUUUCACCAUACAUCAAUGAACAAAAAAUAGCAUAUAAUGACUAAACAAGACAUGAAAAUGCACAGAUUGAAGACCAGGGGGAAAAUGAUAUCAUAUUGUGGUCACUUUCAUUUAGCUAUUUAUCAAUGAAACUUUGCAUUCCUAUGCCACACAUCUAUCAAUGACGUUUGCACAAACACUAUUAUAAAUAUAUUCAAGGCUAAACAGAAUUAUAAAAAUAUAUAUUUUGUUAAAUUAUGCUGCUAAUAUUAAUUAUAAAAAUUGACAGCAAGUAUUUUUUCGAUAUAAAAAUAUGAAUCGAAAGAACGAUGGGCACACAUUUUGCAUGAAGAUCUAUGCGGAGUUGUACUGUGUGACAGUCGAUCACCUGAUCAGAGGUCAUGACCUUUCAAAAGACAUAUUCCACAAUGUGAAGAGAGGAUAAAUAUCACAUGGGUAUCUCUUCCACCGUGGUGUAAUAAACAGUAAUUACAAACCUGGCAACAGAGUUGUAUGUUGAUGAUAACUGUUGAUAGUGAUAACACACAUUUAUUAAAACUGUAGAUGUUUUUCUAUGUAUUUUGCAUUAAAUAUAAAUGAUGUUAUAGUAUGCUGAGGAAAGCUUGUAACUUUUAACAUUUAAAGGGACAUUCCCGAGUUUGCUGCAGUUUUUAAGAUGUUAUCGACUAACAGAGACUUUUUGACGACUGUAAUUACAUAUCAAAUAUACUUUUCUGCAUAAAUUAUUAG